UCCUCUUCUGCCUCUCUCUCUCUCUCUCUCUCUCUCUCUCUCUCAUGGCACCACUUCACAGUAUCAAGCAGCUGCAGAUUUGCAGAGUCUCUCCUCCGCCCGGCUCCGUCGCUGACACAUCUCUCCCUCUCACUUUCUUCGACGUCAUCUGGUUACAACUGCCUCCGGUCCAACGCCUCUUCUUCUACCAAUUCCCACAAAACCCAAAUAACACCACCACCACAACCCACUUCAUAAAUACUCUCCUUCCCAGACUCAAACACUCCCUCUCUCUCUCCCUCCGCCUCUUCUUCCCUCUGGCCGGCAAUCUGACCCACUCUCUCGAAACAGGCGAUCUCGAGAUCUCCUACACCGAUGGCGACUCUGUCUCUCUAAUCAUUGCCAAGUCAGACGCUGAUUUCCACCGACUCGUUGCAGACUACCCAAGAGACGUAACAGAAUUCCAUCCUCUCGUACCUCAGUUGCACGUUUCCGAUGCUCGGAAACAACCCCUUCUGGCGUUGCAAGUCACCGUAUUUCCCAACUUCGGCAUUUGCAUCGGAAUCACCACACACCACGGCGCAGCUGAUGGGAGCAGCUCCAUCCAUUUCAUGAAAUCCUGGGCGUCCAUUUACCGGUCCGGCGAGGAUUCCUCGAUCAUGCCUCUCCCGGUCCACGACCGGUCCUUGACUGCACAUCUCGACGGGGUCAAGAGGGUUCUGUUAGACCAGCUGGCUAAGAUCCAGCUCGACCGAAUCCUCGAGACGUCCAGCGUCAAGGGUCGAGCCGACCCGGUCCGAGCCACGUUCGUGAUGGCUCGAGCAGACAUCGAGAAGCUGAGGCGACGCGUCUUAGCCCAACGUCUCGAAGACAGCCAGAAAGCGCUCCCUUCCUCGGCGUACGUGCUAACGUGCGCAUACGUGUGGGUUUGCCUUGUGAGAGCACGUGGCGACAGUGACGACGCCAGGGGCAAAACCGUCCAUUUCGCUUUCCCCACGGGCUAUCGUGCUCGGGAGGAUCCGCCACUACCCGCUACGUAUUUCGGGAACUGCAUCGCUCCGCGUUUCGUCGAAGCGAACGGCAGCGAUUUUUGGAGCGAGGAUGGGGUGGUGCCCGCUUCCGAGGCCAUUGGGAGAGAGAUUCCGGGGUUGGGUUCCAGGGUUUUGGAAGGCGCCGAGGGUUGGAUUCCGAGAGCUUUCAAGUGGACAGGUGAGCGAGUCGUAACGGUUGCCGGAUCGCCGAAGAUUCGCGUCUACGACACGGAUUUCGGAUGGGGGAAACCAAAGAAGGUGGAAAUCAUUUCGAUUGAAGGAACGGGCGCUAUAUCGCUUGCAGAGAGUCGAGAUGAAGCAGGCGAGAUCGAGGUCGGUUUGGCGCUGCCCAAAUGCGAAAUGGAGAGGUUCUCUUCUUUGUUUUACGAGGGUCUGAAAGUUCUUGCGUAACGGUCGAGUAGUUUGUCUAACGUUUCGGUAUAUAUCAGUCGCGACCUGAUUUUUAUU